CAGCUCGAGAGAGAGAGAGAGAGAGAGAGAGUGAGGGAGAGGGAGAGACUCACUUCCUCCAUCGACGGAAUCACAGAGCGAAAAAAAACAGAGGAAGAACGAGAGCAACUUCAGUCGAGCCGCGAAAAAGACACAUCAAGUUUGCAGGACGAGGUCAGGGGACCCUGGUACUUGUCAUCAUGGCCCCUUUUCUGAGGAUUGCCUUUAACAACUAUGACUUGGGAGUUCUUCCCCCCUUGUCGGAUUCUCCUUUUUGUGCAAUCAAGAUCAAGGAGGCCUUGACAACGGAAAGGGGUAAGACCUUGGUCCAGCAUAAACCCACCAUGUACCCAGCAUGGAAGUCUAGUUUUGACGCGCACAUCUAUGAGGGUCGCGUGCUUGAGGUACUACUGAUGAAAACAUCGGAGGAGCCACUGGCUGAGGUCACUGUUGGUGUGUCUGUCCUUGCUGAACGCUGCAAGAAAGGCCUUGGCCGUGCUGAAUUCUGGGUGGAUCUCCAGCCUUCUGGGAGAGUGAUGAUGUCAGUUCAGUAUUUUCUGGAGGAAGUAGAUGCAGAGGGUAAGCAGGCUGCUAAGGAAGAAGAGGGUCCUACCUUGAACCGCAGACGAGGAGCCAUUAAACAGGCCAAGAUCCAUUUCAUAAAGAACCAUGAGUUCAUUGCCACUUUCUUCAGACAGCCCACUUUCUGUUCUGUGUGCAGAGAGUUUGUCUGGGGCCUCAACAAGCAGGGCUAUAAAUGCAGACAAUGCAAUGCAGCCAUCCACAAGAAAUGCAUAGACAAAAUCAUUGGCAGAUGUACUGGUACUGCUGCCAACAGUCGGGAUACUGUGUUCCAGAAGGAGCGCUUUAAAAUUGACAUGCCGCAUCGUUUCAAGAUUAACAACUACAUGAGUCCCACCUUCUGCGAUCACUGUGGAAGUCUGCUGUGGGGUCUGGUAAAACAAGGCCUGAAGUGUGAAGAUUGUGCCAUGAACGUUCAUCACAAGUGUCAGGACAAAGUAGCCAACCUUUGUGGUAUCAACCAGAAACUUUUAGCUGAAGCCCUUACACAAGUGAGCCAGAAAUCAUCCACUCGCCGUUCAGAUCCAAACCUCCCUAAUGCAACUGAUAUUGGAAUUUAUGAUGAAGUUAACAAGCUUGCUGGCCUGGAUGUCCACGAUGGCUCUCCCUAUGGCAGACUGUGGGAGGGAUCUGCACAACGGCCUCAGUCCCGUAUUACCCAUCUGACCCAAAUUAACGUGGACCACUUUGUCUUUCACAAAGUCUUGGGAAAGGGCAGCUUUGGCAAGGUUCUUCUUGCAGAGCUGAAGGGGCGUGGAGAGUACUUUGCUGUAAAGGCUCUGAAGAAAGAUGUGGUGCUGAUGGAUGAUGAUGUAGAGUGCACUAUGGUAGAGAAGCGAGUCCUGGCAUUAGCCUGGGAUAACCCUUUCCUCACACACCUUUACUGCACCUUCCAGACUAAGGAGCAUCUCUUCUUUGUGAUGGAGUAUCUGAAUGGAGGAGACCUGAUGUUUCACAUUCAGGAGAAAGGACGCUUUGACCUCAACAGAGCCACGUUCUACUCAGCUGAGAUCAUUUGUGGUCUACAGUUUUUACAUAGCCGAGGGAUCAUCUACAGGGAUCUCAAGUUAGACAAUGUGAUGCUGGAUUAUGAGGGACACAUAAAGAUUGCAGACUUCGGCAUGUGCAAGGAGAACGUCUUUGGGGAGAAUCGUGCCACCACUUUCUGUGGCACGCCUGACUACAUUGCUCCAGAGAUAUUGCUUGGACAGAAGUACUCUUUCUCGGUUGAUUGGUGGUCAUUUGGGGUGUUGCUGUAUGAAAUGCUUGUUGGGCAAUCACCUUUCCAUGGAGAUGAUGAGGAUGAAUUGUUUGAAUCCAUUCGCAUGGAUAUUCCCCACUAUCCUCGCUGGAUCAACAAGGAGUCCAAGGACCUGCUUGAGCGGUUGUUCGAGAAAGACCCCACACGCAGGCUUGGAGUUGUGGGUAAUAUCCGUUCACACCCCUUCUUCCAGACCAUUAGCUGGCAGGCCUUGGAAAGGAGGGAAGUUGAACCGUCCUUCAAACCCAAAGUGAAAGCGCCCAAUGAUUGUAGCAACUUUGAUCGGGAGUUCCUCAGUGAGAAGCCUCGUCUUUCUCACAGUGAUAAGAACUUCAUAGAUUCCAUGGACCCAUCAGCUUUUGCUGGAUUUUCAUUCAUCAACCCCAAGAUGGAGAACCUUUUAGAAAAGUAACAAAAGUUUCAUGUUUAUGGGACAAUUAUCUUAUUCUGCAGCAUAUGAGCGAACCAUUCCACAAUCAGUAUUUGUCUUAUCUUAUUUGAGGAGCAGAAUUCUUUCCUAGGGUACGUGUAGAAAUAAGUAGACAGGCCCUUGUACUGUAUAUACUAAUAUUACUGUAUUUGUCUGCAUGCUUAUAUUUGUCCAGAUUGUGAUGGUCUAUAUGAGUAAUAAUAUAAGGGAGGGGGGGUCUGAAUAUCCUGACAUUCUAUUUGACGCCAUAUUUCCCAUCUGCAGCUCUUCGGUGUCUCUAGAUAACAUUCAGAUCAAAUCUACUGCAUAUAAACAGAGGUGGGAAUGAAACACAGGAAUAAACUGUACUGUACACUCCACAUGGUUUGUGUUAACAAGCUGGCUGCAUGCAGAGACCAACAAAAAGCUUUGUACAUGUUAAAAUUAAGCUUAAUCAUGAUUUUCAUGUCUUUAUUAAAUGUCUGAUAAUCAUGUCUUUCAUUGGAUAAAUGUAUAAUUUAAUUACGUGUAGCUGACUGUUCCAUGUAAAGAUCAAACUUAAUUGGUGCAACUCAGUUGUGUGUGAGGGUUCUGCCUGUGGCCAGGGGUGGUUUUGAUGCAGCCACAAACUCAGCAAGUAAUGGUACAUAAUUGUGAACAGUGAGUGGAAAGUCUCUGGAAUACUGUAAAUAAACAGUGUAUAUGGAUGUGGAUGAAACA